CUACUACUCAAAAGCCAGCCAACCGAGGAAGAAGGAACUGAGUUUGGAGCAGAGCAAAGGCCAUGGCUUCUCUAGCAACCUUAGCUGCAGUACAACCUAUCAACAUCAAGGGCCUUGCCGGCAGCUCCAUUUCCGGAACUAAGCUCUCCGUCAAGCCAGCUCGCCGAAGUUUGAGAGUGGGUAACUCAAGGGCUGGUGCUGUGGUGGCAAAGUACGGUGACAAGAGUGUGUACUUUGAUUUGGAGGAUUUGGGCAACACCACUGGACAGUGGGACGUGUAUGGGUCUGAUGCACCUUCACCAUACAACCCUCUCCAGAGCAAAUUCUUUGAGACCUUUGCAGCUCCAUUCACCAAGAGAGGGCUGUUGCUCAAGUUCUUGCUAUUGGGAGGUGGUUCAGUACUUGCUUAUGUCAGUGCCACAGCUUCAGAUGACUACCUACCAAUCAAGAAGGGUCCGCAACUUCCACCACAGCCUGGGCCGCGUGGCAAGAUCUAAUUCUCUGGCAAUUCGCAUCUUUCGACCUUUUAAUUGUGUCAAUAUGUAUCUUUUUCGCAACUUGUAAGUAUGUCUAAAACCUACUUAGGACCCCGUUAUUAUUUAUUCAAAGAUAUUUGUUUGAUUGUAAUUGGGGCAUUGCGUUUAAUCUUAAUUUACUGCAGUUUGAUUAUCA